AUGCCUCCUCUGUCGGCGUACACUCCAUUUGAGUCCCUACUCUUCUUCCAGUCGCUGGCCACGUCCGAUGUGCGCCCGGCCAGUUUCGCAUCCAUCUCCACGUUGCUCAGCAACAACCCGCUUAUUCGUCAGAAUGUAGCCUUCAGCGCCGAUCGCCUUGCUCCGGAAGCCCUUGAGGACCUCUACGCGACCUUGCUCCGGGACGGCUUCGAUCGCGACCUUGUGCCGACCGGCCCGAACGGGCGACCGACCGACAACUCAGGUCCCAGCAACCCGAAGAAACGCAAGAUCUCGAGCCCGCGACCGGACAGCCUGACCCAUGCAGUGCUGGUUCCCGAGCUGGUCUCACACCUCUACGCGCGCUACAAGGAACUGGUGACCAAAGAGAUCAAGGACGAGGAGAAGCGAUAUAGGGAUAUCAAAGAAGAAAUUGAGCGUUUGCGGCAGCAAGAGGCCAAACCGACUGCAUCGGGCGUCGUUCAGGAUAUCCCCGCACCACCAAUAACCAAGGUCGAGCGGUCGGAACCGUCGCCCAUCGACGUGAAGCAAGAAACACCGCGAGCGGAGCGUCCCGCUGAUCAGUUCAUCCCUCAUCCGAAGCCUUUCCAAGCACACCAGGCGUCCUCGACAGGUCCUCCGCCAGAACCCGAUCAGGCGAGAGAGGCACAACGUCCGUCCACCACACUUGCUGGGACUUCUGGACAGCCCGGUGGUCUAGUCCCACAGGUGCCGUUGCCAGCCCAGCCCGCCCAAGGAAAGACUGGACAACCACUGCAUCCCCAAACGACCAAUGACCAGAAUGUGGCACAGAUCCCAGUUCAACCGUCACUUGCGCCUCAGAAUCAGCAGACGGCUCCUGCGACACCUGGUGCAGCUACACGAGCGCCGCGCGUGCAUCCAUCACAGCUUGCACCACGCCCUCAUGCCCCCGCAACUACCCCAAUUGCCCCAGGGAAAGCCUCCCAACCACCCUCUGCUACUCAACCAAGUUUCCAGCAAUGGCAGCUGGAAGCUCCUCCCGAUUCCCCUUACUCUGGUACCUCACCUCAUACCGCCUCCAAACCGCCUCUCCCCUCUUCUUCCCAAGCCCCAUCAAGAACCCAAGCCAAAAACUCCAUCUCAUCCGCUGUCCCAAGCACUCCCGGUCCAACUGCUUCUGCGGCUCAAACCCCCGUCCCAGUUGGCUACCCACAGGUCUCGCAGACUCCAAGCGUCGUUAUUCCAGUUUAUUCAGCAACCCGUGGCUCACGUCCACGGCUGUCAAUUGACACACCGGGGUCCUCCACUCCAUGGAAGCAGACGCCUCGUCCGAGCGUUGCGGGGUCCCCUGCAUCUCCCGCUCGUCCAGGCCCAGGAGAUGUCAGUCCAAUCAGUGACAGAGCUCCUUCGCCCGAUGCCAUGGAUAUUUCCCCUCCACGGGAGAGAAAAUCUCGACGUGGUCAAGGUAGUGAGGCGGAUUCCAAGACUGCGCCCACUAUCAAGCUCGAAAAAGGUUCCAUAACUCGGAGAAAGCGAGCUAUCAGCUCCGCCUCCACACAGAGUCGUGGGCGCUCUGUAGUUUCGCGAGAUGAAUCCCCGGAACUUCCUGGGCCUUCCGGUCGCCGCAAGGGCGCCGCUGCUCCUGCCGAUGAUCAGACCCCCAAGGGGCGAUCGAAGCGCAAGCGUGGUGCAAGCGAGUUCCUAGAGCAGGAAUUCACCCCUCCAGAACAACCCAAGGUGGAUACAUCCAAAUAUGUUCUCUGUACGCGUGGAUUUCAUCGCACUGCCGCACCCAUCAUGAACGACGUGACCACUCAUAAACUUGCCUCCAUCUUUGCCAAGCCAUUGGGUGAGCGAGAUGCCCCUGGGUACCAUGACCUUAUAUAUCGACCACAAGACCUGAAAUCCAUCAAAUCCGCUGUUCACCAAGGUAGCAAGGCUGUCGCGGCUGCAACAGAGGCUGUCAGCACUCCUGCUGGUGACGGCGAGUCCCCCAUCCCAGCCACGGGAACACCUUCUAAGAAUAACAACAUACUUAUGCUGCAGAAGAGCGAGGAUCUUAUUCCUCCUCGGGGGAUUGUUAACUCGGCGCAGCUGGAAAAGGAGUUUAUCCGCAUGUUUGCCAAUGCCAUCAUGUUCAACCCUGUUCCUGAGCGUGGCUUUGGCCCUGCGUUUCCCAUGGAAAGUGAUCGCGGCUCACGUGAGAGCACGCAGUCAGGUGAUGGCGAUGAGGGCGGCAUUAUCCAAGAUUCCCUGGAGAUGUUUGAAGAUGUGGAGCAAGCUGUUACGCGGUGGCGUGCCGCCGAACGGACCGCAGAGCGCAACGCCGAUGACCUGGCUAAUAAGAAUAUCCUCUCCCUCCGCCGUGGUAGUGCAAGUGAUUUUAACACUGAUAGCGCGGAUGAUGUUAAGGGGUGA